AUGCUCUCUACGCCGCUGAUUGCGAAAACAGACUACGACAAAAUAUACGAGCCGGCCGAGGACUCUUUUUUGCUCCUGGAUCUGUUUGAAGAGAUCGGGGCGACAGUCGCUAAUAAUAAGCCCCGACUCGUGGUGGAGCUCGGAACAGGUUCAGGAAUAGUGUCUACAUUUCUGAACCAGCAUAUACUGAAAAAUGCAUUUCUUAUAGCGACGGAUAUAAACCCGCAUUGCUGCCAUGCCGCGAUCGCCACAAAUGCGAAAAAUGCAGCCACGGUGAACUUCGACUCCAUCCAAGGCGACCUCACGUCCAGUCUGAGACCAGCGUCGGUCGACCUGCUCAUCUUUAAUCCGCCAUACGUGCCAUCUCCGUUUGUUCCUACCGUGCCUGAGUCAGCAGAGGACCAGACGUGGCUCGAUCUCGCGCUGGACGGCGGAAACGAUGGCAUGGCCGUUACAAAUAGACUGUUGCAGAGUCUUGGGAAAAUUCUCGCUCCCAAGGGCCAGGCGUACAUUCUUUUCUGUGCGCGCAAUAACCCUUCAAUGGUGGCAGAACAGUUCCUCAAAGACCACCCGUCGUUCCGCGUCGAGAAGAUGAUUGAGCGAAAGGCCGGCUGGGAGGUCCUCAGCGUAUACCUGUUCCAAAACACAGCUAGCCAAAAAGAUCGCUAA